AUUUGCGUUUUAUCCCAAACAAAUUUUAAAUAGAACAAUUGAAAAGAAACCUGUAAUACGUUUAAAGGAAAAACAAUUAAAUAGAAACCUGUAAUAUUCAUACUUUGAAUAAGAGGUGGCAAAUUUUUGAGUCCGGUUGCUGUGAUCAUCUAUUGUUUGACCAGCUGUCAUACAUAAAUAUAACCCUAAAAAGUAAUUUUAGUAAUUAAUGUUUGUUGACUGACAAUUACAAUGCAACUGAAAGUGUUUACGCUCAAUUGUUGGGGUAUAAAGUAUGUGUCGAAGGACAGAGAAGAAAGAAUAAGGGCCAUUGCCGAAGAACUGGCCACCGGAAAAUAUGAUAUUGUGUGUUUACAGGAGGUUUGGCUGACUUGUGAUUAUAAUUUAAUUAAAGACAAGUCAUCAGGUGUUUUACCCUAUGCACAUUACUUUUACAGUGGUGUAACAGGUUCAGGCGUCUGUAUUCUGAGCAAGUAUCCCAUAGAAGAGGUAUUCUUCCACAAAUGGGCCAUAAACGGCUACAUCCACAAAAUCCACCACGGCGAUUGGUUUGGUGGAAAGGGCGUUGGAUUAUGCCAAUUGAGGAUCGAAAAUUUUAUAGUCAACGUUUAUUCGGCCCAUUUACACGCUGAAUAUAACAGAGCAUCGGACGAAUAUUUAGUGCACAGGAUCUUGCAAGCUUUCAACACCGCUCAAUUUAUCAAACAGACUUCAGCUCACGCCGACUUGGUUAUAUUAGCUGGCGAUUUGAAUACAGAACCUAAUGACUUGGCCUACAGAAUUAUAACAUCGGUAGGGGGACUGACGGAUUCGUUUGGAGAGGCCGGCCCCGUCCCUGAUUCGAUGGUGGCAACAAACGAGGCGUUGGAUAACUCGUACACGUCAAAGAGUCGAAUUAGCAAAAACAUACCGGGAAUCAGAAUAGACUACAUAAUGUACCACACUGGGAAAAACGCUUGUGCAAAAGUGGACAAGUAUCAAUUGCCGUUACCGAAAUUCGUACCAAACACACAAUAUAGCUAUUCUGAUCACGAAGCCGUAUGCGUUACUUUCAAUGUGAAACGCAACGAUACGAUGGAUGAAGGCGAAGCUGCAGGAAACGAUUGUGGUUCUAAAGUUAAUACAAUUAAGGCUGCUGUACUUGAAGAGAGUAUGGAUUUGUGUACUGAUUUUUUGAAGGUUUUGCGAAAUCACCAAUGGGUCUAUUUGAUUAUGGUAUUCGUAUUUUUGGUCAUUUUGGCCAUGGCUCUUGUGGCCGACAUACCUUACGGUUAUCACGUUCUGUAUUCCAUAUUUAAGAGUUUAAUUACAAUUGUUAUUUUUUAUUGUUUCUUGAUGGGCACAUUAUGGAAUUACAUAGAGAAACAUGCUAUUAUGGCCACAAUUGCUGGCAUGGAUAUUUCUUUGGCCACGCAUAGAAAGGUUCAUAAGGAUUUGUGAUGAUAUUCAGAAAUACAUAUCUGUAACUAAACCUUUGUCCUCAAUAUCAAUAAUUUUUAACCACAGCUCAGUAAUUUAUAACAAAUCUUUGCCAAAUAUUAUUACAACCUUGGGACCUUUAAUAUGAUCUGUCAGGCAUUAUUUUAUUUUUGAUUUUUGUUCCUUGUAAUUAUAAUCAUUAUUUUUAACUUGCAUUUAGGAAUCAUAUUAUAUAUUCACAUUUAUGUUACUAAGAACAUUAAACUAUAAGGCAUAUUUCCUCAUAAAUAAAUAAGUGUACUUACUGUGAAGUACAAUGAGCUAUUAGCCCUAAGCCAAUGCAUUUAAUUUUAUAUUGUAUUCAAGUUUAUGUAAGAUAUGUGCAUCAUUUUGCAUGAAAUAUUUGAGAUUUUAUUUAUGUGUUUAAUCAUGUCAUGAAAAGCAACAUUGCUCAAGUUGUAUCUUGUACUUCUGUGAUAUGAGAAAUAAAAUAAUAUUUUAA